UAUGUCAGAAGCCGCGGGGGCGGGGCGGCACAGCUCAGCUUCUGACAUCACCCUCUUAUUAUCACGGCAAGCAGGCUUGACUUAGCACCCUUAUCUGAGGCAGCUUGGAGGACAGCUGGCUAAAAGGUACCUGGAAUCAAACAUGGGAUACUGGGAGAGGGAGAGACGAAAACAACGUCUCAGUUUCUCCGAGGCUGACAGAGGCUCCUGAGAGCGGCUUCAGAACUUCUUUCCAGCUGGCCCUUGAAAGCGGUGCCUGGAAGGGCAGAGGCUCAGAGGGAUAAACAGUGCUGCUGUCUCCAGCUCCUCGGGGUCAGGAGCAGCCUGCUCAGAAGGAAGUGGCAUUCCUCUGACCCCAGUGUUCCCACAGCCCCCCACCGGAUGGUAGAUCGUGGGGCUGCGCCCUUCCCCACCCUUGGGAACUCCGUCAAGUGGUAAUCUUUAUCUUGCCAGUUUGUCCACGUGCUUGACCAGUGGGGUUUCACUUUUGCAAACAUUUGUUUAUCUCUUGAGAGAAAAAUAUCAAGCAGCCUGCCCCAAGAACGCUGUUUCGCCUGUUCCAGUUCAAGCCGUGAGCAAGGGCAGCCGGAGAUGGAUAAUUACACAGCGUCCCCAGAGGAUGAGUAUGAUGUCCUCAUAGAGGAUGACCUGGACAGCAGUGAGAUGGACCCAGUCCUCACCCCCAAGUUCCUCUCUGACCAGCAGGUCCUGCAGAUCUGCUGCACUGUGUUUGCGAUGGGUCUCCUCACCAACGCGCUGGCUGUGUUUAUCCUGGUGAGAUACAAAGGAUUCAAGAAUGUGUGGAACAUCUACUUGCUUAACCUGGCGCUUUCCAGUGUGUGUUUCCUGCUUCCCCUGCCAUUCUGGGCACACACUGCUGCACACGGGGAAAGCCCUGGCAAUGGGACUUGUAAAGUUCUUGUUGGACUUCACUCCACCGGCUUAUACAGCGAGACACUUUUCAACAUCGUUCUCCUCAUGCAAGGGUACAAGGUGUUUUCCCAAGCGAGGCUGGCCUCCAUCUUCACGAAGGUGCCCAGUAGUGUUGCUAUAAGUGUCCUAGCAUGGGUCACAGCUCUUGUACUUGCUUUGCCUGAAGCUGUGUUUUAUCAGCUUCAGAUGGAAAGUCAGAAGCACAAAUGUGCCUUUGGCAAACCUCACUUUUUGCUAAUUGAGGAGCCAUUCUGGAAGCAUUUUCUGACUUUAAAGAUGAACAUUUUGGUCCUUGGUUUUCCUCUGGUGGUUUUUAUAUUCUGCUGUGGACAAAUGAGGAAAGUGCAGGCCUUCAGGGAGAGGCAGAACGACCUUCGAAAGCUGGCCUUUGUCACGAUGGGUGUGUUCCUUUUGAUGUGGGCACCCUACAAUAUUGUGCUCCUCCUGUCCCAGUUCCAGGAACACUUGUCCCUGCAGGAUGAGAAGAACAGCUCCCGCCUGGAUGCAAGUAUUCAAGUCGCACAGCUCGUGGCCGCCACCCACUGCUGCCUUAACCCUCUCAUCUGCUUGCUUCUUGACAAGGCCUUUGCGAGCUAUCUCUGCAGCCUCUUCCCACGCUGCAACGACGCCCCGUUUCAAAGUGGUGGGGACUCUCAUCGAGCAGCGCCAAGGGGAGGUCGUGACCAGCCCAUUGAGCUCUACAGUAGUUUGCAUCAAAGGCAGGACACAUAAACAC